AUGACCAUCUCUCACGAAGGGUUAUUUCUUGGUCAAAGAAAGUACAUGGUUGAUUUACUCACUGAGGCUAGUCUCAUUGAUUGCAAGCCUGCCAUCACACCUAUUGACAGCAAAAUGAAACCCAACUUGACUGGAAAACCUCUCACCAAUAUAAGCUAUUACCAAAGGUUGGUGGGCAAACUUUUCUAUGUCACUAUCACACGCCCAUACAUUACUGAUGCUGUUAGCUUAGUCAACCAGUUUAUGCAUGCUCUCACAAUGCAACAUUUUCAACUUGUCAAACGCAUCUUGUGUUAUCUCAAAGCCUCAUUGGACAUAGGCAUUCUUAUGUCAAACAAUCAGUCCACAAAAAUCAGUGCCUACGCAGAUGCAGACUGGGCAUGUAGUAUAAUUGAUAGAAAAUCUACCAUUGGAUAUUGCACUUUCGUUGAAGGAAACCUUGUGACAUGGAAAGUUGCCAUGCACAUUGCAGCCAAUCCUGUUUUUCUUGAAAGAACCAAGCACAUCGAGGUGGAUUACCAUUUCAUCCAAGCUCUGAAGGAAAAUUUGUGA